AUGGGGUCAGUUCCAGAUUCAGCCUCCGAAACUAUUGCUGCGACCUUUGUUCUUCCAUUGGAUUCCCACAUCAAAGACAUCGGUGCAGUUCUGAUUCAAGUUGAGGAAGCCAGCGUUCUACUAUCGCAUUUGGAGACCCGACCGAACAAGGAAUCGACGGACAAGUUCUCAUUAGAACUAUUUGUUCAGGUAACUGGAACAAUUGAACAAGUGAAGCGAUUAGCGGAAGCUCUGCGGAAGAUAUUGCCGACACUUGUCAUUCAUCAAGAGAUUGACGUCCAGGCCAACCCCCCUGUACAUGAAGACUCCGGAAGGCAAGGAGGUGAAUUGCUUCAGGUUCCUUGGUUUCCGAGACACAUUUCGGAGUUAGACAUCAUCGCCAACAACGUUUACGUGUAUGGGAAGGAUCUGGACGCCGAUUACCCGAGUUUUAAAGACGAAGAAUAUCGAAAGAGGCGUAACAUAUUUGCUGAAACUGCGUCCAAAUACAAACAUGGGACUCCAAUUCCCAGAUUUGAGUACACAACAACCGAGAAAGAAACCUGGGGCUACGUAUACAGAGAAUUGACGAAACUGUACGAAACGCAUGCAUGUAGACAGUAUUUGGACAAUCUCAAACUACUGCAACUAUUCGCUGGUUACGGAGAGCAAGAUUUGCCGCAAUUGGAGGAUGUGUCAAAGUUUCUCAAAUCUCGCACCGGUUUUACUAUCAGACCAGUCGGUGGUUACAUCUCCGCCCGCGACUUCCUAUCUGGAUUGGCGUUUCGUGUAUUCUUCUGUACGCAAUACAUUCGUCAUUCCAAGAAUCCCAUGUAUACACCUGAGCCCGAUUGCUGCCACGAACUUCUCGGUCACGUUCCAAUGCUAGCCGAUCCGGCGUUCGCCCAAUUCUCGCACGAACUUGGUCUUGCUUCUUUGGGUACCACCGACGCGGAGGUGAAAAAACUGGCUACGUGCUAUUUCUUCACCAUCGAGUUUGGACUAUGUCGCCAGGACGGUCAGUUACGGGCUUAUGGUGCUGGACUAUUAUCAUCCAGUGCGGAAUUACAGCAUGCUUUGAGCGACAGUGCUGAGGUGAGACCGUUUAUUCCCGACAAAGUUAUGCAUGAAGAAUGCCUUGUGACGACAUUUCAGAACAGAUAUUUCGAAACGGUAUCGUUCGAGGACGCCACAGAGCAGAUGAGACGCUUUGCAAAAACCAUACAACGUCCGUUUGACAUUGUGUACGACCCGAUCACAGAAAGCGUAAGGACGGUGGACAGUCUAGACACGGUGUCGUCAAUGCUGGCCAAUUUGGAGAGCGACAUAUCCACCAUUCGCCAUUCGGUUGAUCGAUUGAGGAGACACGUUGGGGACAAGAAGCCAAUUUGCUGGAUUAUGGAUAAACCCCACAUAUUUGGAGCGAAGUAA